AUGCAUUACCUCGAUUACAGCCAGACAAAUCCCAAACUGAAACUUUCUGCUCCAAUUUUCAAAGAACAUGAUGGGGAAUGCAAAGUAAUGGAGUUAUUUAAAUUCAUUCGAGAUGGUCAAGAAUGGAAAGGCAACGGUAGUGAUCUCUUCUAUAUCAAUGGUACAAGUAAAGAUACAAAAGUGUUCGAGGUAAACAGAUUAAAGGGUGCACAAGCUUUACGAAUAUUUCAGCAAAUUAGUAAAUGUGGUCACGUGUAAAUGCAUAACCGUUUGAAGUGUGUUGCGAAUUAAACUGACUGCAUGAAUAAGCACUGGAUCGAAGUCCAAUUUAAGCAGUUAUUUCCAGUCUGAGUUAUCCAGUCGAAAGCCUGAACGUAUGCCAUGCCAUCAAUUCUACAUAGAACAAACCAAACCACUAACGCCUGUAUUCUAAAAGCUCACUCACACUCAAUGAGUGGAAGUUCAAUCUGAGCUUCUCUCGAGUGUUGUUGCUGUUUUUGAAUAGCUGGAGGGUGGAUAGUCACAUAGUAAGGUACAACACUAACCCUCCAGCUAUUAAAAACAGCAAUGACACUCGUGAGAAGCUCAGAUUGAACUUCCACUCAUUGAGUUUGAGUGUGAGUCAGCUUUUAGGAUACGGGCGAAAUUCUUGCACCUACUUUCUAUAAUGAAUUUCAUUUCACCAAGUUUUAAUUAAGUAAUAUAAUGUCAAUAAUUUCGUGUGAAUAUUUAGAGUAUAUAAGAAAGGAAGUUCACGACCAAAUUGAAAAUAUUAUGUUACAGUUUUUAUAGUAAAGCACCACUGUUAUACCUAUGGUACAUGUCGACAUGUACAUAGUCUGCAUUACCAUUAUCGGCAAAAGUUCACGUUCGUCUUUACCACUUCUUUAGAUUAAGUCGAUGGAAAAUCUGAAAGCCUGGAACGGUUCACUGUUAAUACUCAACGUUUCAUGCGGAAAUGAAGAAUCAGAGGAAGUGCAUUGUGUUCUUCUUAAACUGAAAUCUUUGCCACCGUAUCCGGAAGUUAGUAUUACACUCUUUCAUAAACUGGUUGAUCAGUCCAGUGCAGUUGAUCUUAAUAUCGGCUUUUUACAUGCAGCGAGAACUAAAUAUCAACUAGGUUAAAAAGUAAGCAAGGGAUAGGAAGAUCAUGGUAAAUGUACCGGUAUCCGAAGACUUUCAUCAUGAUCAAGAACACGCAGGCACAUGUAUUGAGAAAGCUUAGGACUGAUAGAGAUGCAACUGCCUGAAAAAUACAAGGACAAUUUCAACGAGAACUUUGAAGUUCUCCUUGUAUUUUUCAGGCAGUUGUAUGCCUAUCCGUCCGAAGCUUUCUUAUUAUUGGCACUAUACCUACACUGGCGCUGUCCGUUUUAGAUUAUGUCACAUGUGCUGAGAAAACUUUCAACUAAAGCUCUUAUCAUCUUCUUGAACUAUGUCAACUUUCCUGUAGCAGGAAACCGAAAUACCAAUAAACAUCCACGAUAUUGAGCAGAUUCUUCUAGGUUAUUUGGUCCAGAGGGAGAACAAGAAAAACUCCACUCUCAGAGGUUAAAUAGACCUGCUUUCUCUGAAGACUGCACCACAGAUCAAUAUUUACUUUAUGUUUACUUUUACAGAUCAUAUAUUUGCUUUAUAUGCUUUUUUCUCAUUCUUGUCCAGGUCUCUCCUACAUCAAGUUCCACGGACGUAUCACAUUCAUCAUACCAAAGUGCUCCACCUACUGAAGAUUACACGAGCACUAGAGAAGUUCCCUUCACCUUCCCCUGGAUAAACGCAACACGACCUACCACACUAACUAGAAGCAGUCAAUUUACAGAAGACCAAAGGAUGUCCUCCAAACUUCCAAGCCAAUCACCAACCCCAAAAACUUCCACUAUAGAAAACCCACAGGAAGGUUUUAAAGAAGAGACAUCAGAGUCGGAUGGAACAAAUGCCACUGCUAUUGCUGUAACCAUUACUCUUCUUCUGGUAGCCUUGGCACUGGCAUUGGGGUAUUUGCUGUACUAUAGAAGACGAAAAAGGUAAAAUAAAAGACGGGUGCCAUUUAAACAGUUUUCACGAAAGUUAUUCUAUGGUCGCUGGAAAAGAAACAAAUUAAAACAGAAAACUGCAAAAAGCGAACUUGUGUGUAUGACGAAACUACCUAAAAACGAAGGCCCUUUCCAGCGAAGGCUCUUCAUCUGAAAGUUAGUAACAUGAGUCGGGAAAAAACACAUGCCACGCUUUUACACUAGUAAAUACAAAAGUAACUUUGAAACAAAUUAUAGCGAUAUUAAUUUUAUUUUAUUACAACGACGUUUCGAUCGACGUUUCGAUGCUUCUUGCAUCAUUUUCAAGUUAAAGAUAAGAAUUAUUCGUGUUUAGGGACCGGUCAUAAAGUAAAGGGGGGGGGGGCUGGGAAAUCAUAUAUUUGGUGUCUGCACUUUUGGUAGCUCACCCCUUAAUAGCUGCACGAAAAUUUGUGGCCCACCCUUAAAUUGGUGCUGAAAAAUUAUGACCCAUCCUUUCAGAAACGCGAAAGAUACCAGCGUUCUAUUUUUCUGUUGCCAAAUAAUUCAGUGUGAUACGAUACUCAAUAGCUAUUCAAAUGGUGCAGGGCCUCUUUUAAGGAUGCAUGUGUAACUGGAGAGGACAUAUUUAGCGGGGGACCUGAAGUUCCAGUCAGCAAGUCUGUAUUCAUGAAUUAUUAAUGAGUUUUUGAAUGGUAUAUCAUUGUCACGUGUUCGCUUAUGCAUUCACUGGUAUAAAGCCCUGGGCAAACUAGGAAACAUUGUUGUGGAAUCAUUCGCGAUUCUCGAUGUUUCCACAAAUGUUUCCCUGUUUGCCCACCCGUGGAAACAUUGUUGCGGAAACAAAAUUUGCUUCCCGAGAAGCAAAAAUGUUUCCUAGCAAAUUCAGAAACAUUUGAUGUUUCCCUAUGUUUCUCACUAAUGUUUCCUAGUGUUUGCCCACUCAGGGAAACAUGGCGAAACAUUGACAGGAAACAAUGUUUCCGCAACAAUGUUUCCUAGUUUGGCCAAGGCUUAAAGCACAUGUGCUUUUUUCCGACCCAUGCUAUACAAACGCUCAAAAACGGCAUUUCUUUUUUAUAUUUCAGAUAGUCGUUGUUUGCAUUCUUCACUUUAUAUCCGGACACCCAACGUUAAAAAACUACAUAUUACUACUACACAUUAGCUCGAUGAAGAGUGCAGCAUUCUAAAACACUUAAUCUUACAAAGAAUAAUGAUAAAAGAUCAAAAUUGUCCAAAUUUUGAAUAGUGGCUUUUCCUUAGCUCUUUUUCCCUUGAGAAUCGCAGAUCUUCUGUACCUUUGUUGGGUGAUUUAUAGGGUUGCUACCCCAUAGAGUAACUAAAGGUUGGAUGGACUUAUACAUUGACUCAUAGUUGUGAUGUAUUGUAUAUUUUAAGACAUUAAAUAAAUAAACGUUUUCUUAUGUCAGGGCACAAGUGCCACAGAGCAACAAUAAUGGUAAGAAUGAAAUGCCUUAUUAUUCUGUCAAAGCAAAAUCUUCGCCACAACUCUGAGAAGUAGAAAUGUUACGCUGAGCUGAACAAUCAUCCAAUGAUGAAAUUCCCGAUAAAAUUAAGCAGUAGAGUGCAUAUAUAAUGGCCUAAAUAUAUUGAAGUUCAACUUUGGAUAGAGUAACUAUAUGUCUGUAUCUUCAUAUCUCAGAUGUUGGUGCUGUCAGUUAUUCGAAAGAGAUUUAUGAAGACCCUGAUCGAAUCUACCAAACUCUAGAGGAUGAUAAUGAAGUACCACCAAACCAACCUGUAACUAUAUCCUCUGACACCUAUAGCUAUCCUCUGACACCUAUAGCUACCCCAUCAGUAAUCCAGCAUCGACUGAGCAAGAGUACACCUACGCUAAAGAUACAGAUUUGGCAAGAUCAAGUGUAACUACAAAGGCAGCAUCCGAGGGGCCGACAAGUAACGGUGCUGUGUACGAAACUUUAGAACAGCCUGGACAACCGACUGAUGAUAAUUUCUAUAACUACCCUGAUAACACGAACAUCGCUAACCAAGGAUCAUCAGAACUGGAGUAUACCUAUGCCAAAUAUACAGAUCUGCCUAGAGAUACUGCAGAUACAAAGGCAGUGCGCGAGAGAGAUAUUGAGCCAGCCACGUGUGGUGGUCUGUACCAUACUCUAGAACAGGAAGGACCAGUAUCAACUGAACAAGAGUACAGCUAUGCAAAAAAUACUGAUAUGCCUUCGAUUCCUCUGGGUACAGAGGAAACGAGCAAUUCUCCUCCUCCCAACAGUGCACUGUACCACACACUGGAAGAAGCGAAUCCACCUCAAGCACCUGUUUAUUCAACUUUGGAAGGACCAGAAGAUGUAGAAAACCACAACUAG